AUGACUGCCGUCCAGCCCGCCUUCUCAUUAUCGCCUCAACCAGGUGGUGCACCCAGCGGCACGCCCACAAUACCUACGCCGCCGGAGCUCGAGCAAACACUAGCCAUGCUCUCCGGUCACAGAUCAGUCCUCGGUUAUCUGCUGCUAUCCCGAGGACAACCGUGUAGCAUCAUACGGUCUUCCGGCGUGGUAUUCGAGGGCGAGUCGGGGAAGAAGUACGCGACGGCGAUCGCGAGGAUGGUAGAAGAGGUGCAGGGUGCGCUGGUAGAAGUCAGCGGGGAAGAGAACGAAGGCGAUGACAUCCGCUUUAUGCGGAUACGCACCAAGCGUCACGAACUUAUGAUCUCCCCAGACCGAAGAUACCUACUCGCCGUGUUACAUGACCCUGCUAGCGUUCUAUGA